UUUGGCUCCUGGCCAACCUCGUGCUCCCACUACUGGGCUUGUCUCUGUCUCUGUGACGACAUUCCCUCAGAUCCUGAUUCACCGCCUGGCCAACCUCCAGACACAGAACUGAGCUGUCAGUGUGUGGCUGCUUUCCUGCUCUCCCUCCUGCCCAUUCACUGCCUCAGCCAGCCGGCGUGAACUAAACAGACCCCAGGGUGUCUGCUGUCCAGUCCCACUGCGAGGCUGGUUCCCCUGAGCUCUCCACUGACCCUGACCCUUUGCUGACUCUCCCCCUCCUGACCCAGGCUGAUCCACAGCUUGCCCCACACCAUGGUUGCAGGCAUGUUGAUGCCCUUGCCCCAGCUGAGGGCUAUCUAUGAGGUGCUGCUGAGGGACGGAGUGUUGGUGGCCCAGGACACCCGCUGCCCUCGCUCUCAGCACCCCGAGGUGCACGGUGUUUCCAACCUGCAGGUGCUAUGUGCACUGGGCUCCCUGCGUUCCCGUGGCCUGGUCCGCAAGACCUUCACCUGGAGGCAUCACUACUGGUACCUGACUGAGGAGGGCUUGGUCUUCCUACAGCAAUACCUCCACCUCCCACCUCAUGUCAUUCCAGCCCCACUGCAGCCCAUACCCAGGGCCAGACUCCGAGGCCGCAUGCUGGGACCUCAGCUCUCGCACCAGCCUGCAUCCCGUAUCAGCCUCACCCGGCCUGCUCCCUCCCCCACUCAGUCAACUCCCUCCUCCUCCUCCUCCUCCUCCCUUGGCCGGCAUGACAACCAGGAGUACCGGCCACUCAACCAGCUGAGAGAGAAAGGGUCCCCACAGCGGCCAAGGCUCGACAGGACUCUGCCAGGUUAGCACUGACCCUGAUUGCAUGUUGCCACACCCCCUCUGUGCAUGUGAUGUGCUCACCUACCUCUCCAUUCUCCCCUCCCCUCUCUCCCCCCGCUCUCCCCUCCCCCUCAACCCUGUCCACCUUCCCCUCCCGACUUUCCCCCUCCUCCUCUUUCUCCCCACUUUCUCUCCCUUCUACUGAUCUCUAACCUCCAUUUCUUUUCCUUGAUUCCCUUUCACACGUUCUGUUCCCCACCCCCCAAGUACCAUAUGUGGGACCCUGCUCCAAGCUGUGAGCUGGUGGUGGUUUGGUUAGUUAGGGGUGGCCAGAGCGUGGAGUUAGAUGAGAAGGUGAUUACAGGAC